AUGGCCGACGAGAAAAGGGUUCCUUCGUCGGACUCGUCCAAGGCCGGAGCCCAACACACCGAGGCUACCGGCGGCGGUGGCAUUGAUGCCGCCGCUGAGAGAGGCCAUGCUGCCACAGACCAGUUUGGCCAGCCACUCGUCCAGUUCGACCCCAAGGCCGAGGCCAGGCUUCGCAGGAAGCUGGAUCUGUACCUGGUCCCGACGGUCUCGCUUCUGUAUCUGUUCUGCUUCAUUGACAGGGCAAAUAUCGGAAACGCCAAAAUCGCCGGCCUCGAAAAGGACCUGGGCAUGUCGGGCUACGAUUACAACGCGCUCCUCUCCGUAUUUUACAUUUCGUACAUCGUGUUCGAAAUUCCGUCCAACAUCAUGUGCAAGUGGAUCGGCCCCGGCUGGUUCAUUCCGGCCAUCUCUCUGGGCUUCGGCGUCGUUUCCCUGCUGACGGCCUACGUUCACAACUUCGCCGAGGCCGCAGGUGUCCGCUUUGUCCUGGGCAUUUUUGAGGCUGGCAUGAUGCCCGGCAUUGCGUACUAUCUGUCUCGCUGGUACCGCCGUUCCGAGCUCACCUUCCGCCUGUCCCUCUACAUUGUCAUGGCGCCGCUGGCGGGCGCCUUCGGUGGCCUCCUGGCAUCGGGCAUCCUCACGCUUGACCAUGUCGGCGGCCUCCGCGGCUGGCGCAUGAUCUUUGCCGUCGAAGGCAUCAUUACCAUCGGCCUCUCUUGCAUCAGCUUCCUCACUUUGACCGACCGGCCCGAAACCGCGAGGUGGCUCACGCAAGAAGAGAAGGACCUCGCCAUUGCUCGCGUCAAGUCUGAGCGUGUGGCGACUACCGAAGUUCUCGACAAGAUGGAUGUCAAGAAGCUUUUGCAGGGCAUCCUCAGCCCUGUCACCAUGUCGACCGCCUUCAUGUUCCUACUCAACAACAUCACCGUCCAGGGCCUGGCCUUCUUCGCCCCGACCAUUGUCCGCACCAUCUAUCCCGACAAGUCGACCGUCACGCAGCAGCUCUUCACCGUCCCCCCAUACGUCGUCGGCGGAUUCUUUACUCUUGUCCUUCCCCUGAUCAGCUGGCGGUUCGAUACGCGCCAGAUCAUCAUCAUCCUGACCACGCCGCUCGUCAUCGUUGGCUACAGCAUGUUCCUGGGCACUACCAAUCCCUCGGCUCGCUACGCGGCCACCUUCCUCCUGUCCAGCUCGCUGUUCGCCGUUGGUCCGUUGUCGAACUCGCAGGUCAGCGCCAACGUUGUGUCCGACACAGCACGCAGCAGCGCCAUCGGUCUGAAUGUGAUGAUGGGCAACAUCGGCGGCCUGAUCGCAACCUGGAGCUACCUGCCCUGGGACUCCCCCAACUACCACAUCGGCAACGGGCUCAACCUGGCGGCCUGCUGCACCGUUCUGUUGGUCGCGACGGCCACGCUCUUCUGGAUGAAGUGGGACAACAAGCGCCGCGACGGUCACAACGUCGAGGAGGAGCUGGCGGGCAUGUCGAGGCAGGAGAUUCAGGACCUGGAUUGGAAGCAUCCUGCUUUCCGCUGGCGGCCGUAG